AUGUCAGUAUUGGGCGAUUCCGCAAUAGCUCAUCCGAACUGCUACCCGAAGAAAGACUCAACUCUCAUUCCCUUGCCACCACGCAAGUCCUUGCGCAAGGCGAUCUCGAUCCCUGCAGUAUCGACGCUGGUGAAAGAAUCUUUUACUUGGGCCGGUGAGACACUGAAUACCUACCGCGAUGGCCUUACACCGGAGCAACGGAGGCAACGCGCGCAGAUCGAGGACCGCAAGCAAGUUCUCUAUCUGCAGAUCAAAAAUGCGGUGUCGUACGAGGAAUGGAGCAGCUGCGCCAGCGAGCUAGACGUAUUGGAAGAAAACGAUCUAUGGAAGGAGGCGUUCGAAUGCACCGAGUACCAUCCUCGGCUGGUGCAGGAACGGCUAGCACAGCUGGAGGAAGCGCGCAUUAGCUGUGACGUGAGUCGCAUGCUAUUCCUGGUGCGAACCGCACUGAGCCGCGAUCUCGGGAAAAUGAGCAACGCGUCUCUCUACCGGCAUUCCCAUAUCGGGACGAAAACGCUGGUCGAUAAGUAUAUCACAACAGCCUUAGAUACUAUCACAACAUUGGUAGAUCUAUCAACUGCUAGCAGCUCGGCAAGCAUUUGGCCGGAGUGCAUUGCUCUUUUCCGGGGAGCGACGUUCGGCAUGAAUCAUAUCGGUGUCCUGAAGGCGCUAUACGAGGCUAAUCUGAUACCUCGUAUCAUCUCAGGGGCAUCUGCAGGCAGCAUCGUCUGCGCGGUCUUCUGUACACGCAAAGAUGACGAACUUCCCGCGCUCCUGGAUACGUAUGCACAUGGCAAAUUCGAUGUAUUCAAUGAAGCGGGCCGGGAAGAGAACAUCUUCCAGAAGACUGCUCGAUUCCUCAAAUACGGCUCUUUUCUCGACAUUUCUCACCUGGCUAACACCAUGAGGAGUUGGCUUGGCGACAUCACCUUUCAAGAGGCGUACAACCGGACUCGUCGGAUUUUGAACAUCUGUGUAUCCAGUGCCGGGAUGUACGAGCUUCCUCGGCUCCUGAACUAUAUCUCUGCCCCAAAUGUGCUGAUUUGGUCUGCUGUGGCCGUUUCUUGUUCGGUGCCACUGGUGUUUCAGCCAUUCACUCUGAUGGCUAAAGAUCCCUUGACGGGAGAGGCACAGCCGUGGAAUGACUUCCAUAAGCAGUAUAUUGAUGGCUCUGUCGACGGUGAUCUUCCGAUGACACGGCUCUCCGAGAUGUUCAACGUCAACCACUUCAUUGUGUCUCAGGGGGGACCUUCAUUGGUCCCUCGAUGGAUGAAUACAGUGACCCACCUUGCUAAAGAUGAAGUGCUGUAUCGAAUGAACGUGCUCUCAGAGCUAGGGAUUUUCUCAACAUCCAUGACCAAAUUGGCUUCCAUCAUGAAUCAGAAAUAUAGUGGUGACAUCAACAUCUACCCUGAACUGAUUUCCUCCAAUUUCCCUAGAAUACUGGAAAAUCCAACGACGGAAUUCAUGCUCGAAGCUUGCCUUAGUGGCGAACGCGCAACAUGGCCUAGGCUUAGCCGCAUUCGAAACCACUGCGCCAUCGAACUCGCACUCGAUGGAGCAAUCCAACAAAUGCGAGCCCGGGUAGCAUUCAGUCCGGCGCAGGUUGAGCAGCGCAUCUAUAACUCAUUAGCACAGUCCAGCGAAUCAGCAGAGAGCAACGCUAGCCGUGGACGGAUACGGAACCGACGAAGAGGAUCCUAUAGUCAAGAGCUCGAAAGAAGGCGCUCGAAAGGCACAGCAACAGCCUCAAUGGAGCAGGGAUUGCGCAAGGCUCGAAGCAGUGUGUCCCUUGAAAACCACCCCUCCAGUAUAGCACAUGACCUCACCUCUUUGCCAACCCGUUCGCGGGCCCACCGGCGAUCUUCGGCGCCUUUCGGCGAUGGGGCCUUCGAAAUUGAAUGUGGCAGCGAUGAGGAUAAUGGCAUUGAAUUCUCGUUCACGUCACGCCCUCGGCUGCCUAAGAAGUCCUCGCUUUGGGAUACAUCGUUCUACUCUGAAACUCUGGGCCACAACUCGCGCAGUCCGGCAGGGUCUCGGCCAUCAUCCUUCUCUGGAAAGUCUCAGCGGUCCGGUUCUGGGCAUCGAGGAUCGCCCAAACAGGCUCAUGCGCCGUCUCCUCACGAAGUCACCAUGGCACUAUCGCCUUCUUCUCGUCACUAUCUCAACAUGACACCCAGUGUUCAGCCGAGCUCUCCGGAUUCUUUCACCCGCACAUCAUGCAAUUAA